AUGAUGGCAGCUUAUCGAGUGCUAUGUCUUCCAGUUCUGUUAAUUCAUUGGAUCCACCAAGGUUCUUCUUUACCAUCCUUAUCUUCGACAUCGUUAUCAGCUUCUGCAUCCACAUCUUCUGCUCCUGCUUCAGCGUCAGUGUCAUUGUCGCAAUCGUUGUCCUCAUCAGCAUCAACAUCUGCAACAGCGUCAACAUCACCAUCAUCAUCAACAUCAGCGUCAAUAUCAGCAUUAACAUCAACAUCAACAUCACCAUCAAUAUCAGCAUCAACACCAACGUCACCAUCAGCAUCAACAUCAGCGUCAAUAUCAGCAUCAACAUCAACAUCAACAUCACCAUCAAUAUCAGCAUCAACACCAACGUCACCAUCAGCAUCAACAUCAGCGUCAAUAUCAGCAUCAACAUCAACAUCAACAUCAACAUCACCAUCAAUAUCAGCAUCAACAUCAACGUCACCAUCAGCAUCAACAUCAGCAUCAACAUCAACAUCAACACCAACGUCACCAUCAGCAUCAACAUCAGCGUCAAUAUCAGCAUCAACAUCAACAUCAACAUCACCGUCAAUAUCAGCAUCAACAUCAGCAUCAACAUCAGCGUCAAUAUCAGCAUCAACACCAACAUCAACAUCAAUAUCAGCAUCAACAUCAGCAUCAAUAUCAGCAUCAACAUCAAAAUCAAUAUCGACAUCAGCACCAGCAUCAAUAUCGACAUCAGUAUCAGCAUCUACAUCAAAAUCAACAUCGGCAUCAGUUUUAGUAUUAGCAUCUACAUCAAAAUCAACAUCGGCAUCAGUUUUAGCAUCAGCAUCAUCUUUCCCUCCAUCAUCAUCAAUAUCCUCAUCACCAACAUCAUCAUCACCAUCAUCUUUGUCAUCAAUUUCAUCAUCAUUAUCAUCACCAUCUUCAGCUGCACCAAACUCAAUAUCAACAUCAUCACCAUCAACAACAACACUCUCCGCUUCCACGCCAUCGACAAGGCUCUCCACAUCAAUGCCCCCAACCUCUACUUCAACCUCUCCAUCACCAACAACUCUUUCAACCUCCACUCUGUCAACAACGCUUUCCGAGUCCACGUUCACGCCGUCAACAACGUCUUCUACGCCCACGCCGUUAUCAGCAAUCCUUUCCACAUCCACGCCAUCAUCGUAUUCAUCCACAGAACCUAUGAUGGCGACAACAGCAUCAGCUAUGACGGGAAACACGACAUCAACCACGGGAGUAGUCUCACUUACAGCUUCAGAAGCGACUGCGUCUUCCACUGCAAUGACAAAUGCAUCGACAACAGCUGUAGCUUCCGUCAGUCAGACCUCAGCUAUGCCCAUUGUAAAUGGUAAAUAUCGAUUUGAGUUUUAAGGGGCCCUCAGGAUAUUGCUGUUUUAGAUCAAAUCUGUAUUACAGUUAUAACCUAUUGCUUUAUCUAUAACCAAAAUGCUUUUUACAAUAAAUGAGCGAAUCCUCGCCCGCUGAUUGGUCGAGAGCUAUGGUAUAUGGGAGAAUAGACCAUCGAAAUGACGUAACAUGUCACGCAGUGCCGCUUGUUUCGUUUUUGGUUUUUCGUAAAAAAAAUAAAUGUUAUAGUAAUUAGGGACCAUAGAAUUUCCGCCCAUUUCUCCAAAUCCUGACCCCAUUUCAGACCAAAAAAUGUCACUUGGCCUCUAAAAUCCAUACCCAUUCUCAGACCUGGCCUUUAACAAAUAAUGUCAUCACUACUUAGAUUAAAACAGAAACAAAAAAGAUUUCUUAAAAUCCGUUCCGAAUUCGUAUAUUUCUCUUUCUUUCUUGCUCAUUUGGAAUUGAAAAAAAUAAAUACGUUCGUGUACUCCCGUAGUUCCCUUGAAAAUCAUAUCCGAUUCCAGACCAAAAUGGGCAAAGUCUGUACCCAUUUGCAGACCAAAACGGCGCAAAAACCCUACCCUUUGGGGCAGGACAUACCAGUAUGGCUUAUAUAGGGGGUGUACCCCCCCGGGGGCGGGAAUGGAAGCUUUCCGUAUAAAACUUUGUUGAGUAGUCCACACGCGACCUAAUGUAUCACUUUAAUCCGUCAACAGUUACCCUCAGCACAGAUUCCAUAACUACGUUGGCAUCCGCAGAUUGCAGCCAGUCCUGCAGUGGGAUCGGAGGCACUGUAACUGUUACAUUGCAAUGCAAAAUAAAAGGAACCGGCAUCGAUCAAGAUUGCAAUGCAGCAAACUUCAACGCCACAAUCUGCGACUAUGUUGUGCUACGAGAUAAACAUUUUGUCUGUGACGAUGUCAAGAGAAACUACAGUCAGAUUGUUGUGGGGCUCGAUAAAGUGGUACAGAAUUGUGAGACUGUAUGCCCCCCUGAUUCAGCGGCCGGUGAGUAAUUGUAGCUUAACCGUUUCAUUCCUCUGAAAAGGUGACCAAGCGCAAAAAAAAAUUCACCAAAAAAUCAUAUUUCGGUCAAAUAAACGAGAUCUCCUUUGCAAGAGAUAUGGCGUUCAUAAUGCCGAGCCUGGUUGAUUUUUCGCAAGUUUUCCAUAGCGCAGGCAAGUCAAAGAAUUCAUUUGCAGUACAGAUAAAAUUUAAGACAACGUACUUUUUUGAUAUGUUUCACUAAAUAUAUGUGUUGUUUAUUCUGCAGGGUUGUUUCUUCAUUUCUGGCUUGUUUUGUCCACUCUUUUUCUUAGUAUUAGGUAA